AUGGCGUCCGGAGGUGGCUCCCUGGGCCUCAUAGCCUGCCUCUUGCUGCUUCAGCCAAAGCCCUGGGCAGCCGCCUCUGUACUCUCUACUUCCGGUUUCCCCUCAGGGCUUAGUGAAGGCAGGGGGGACACCCCACCACCACCCACCCGGGCGCGCAAGUCCAAGGCUACCACCCGCUCUCCCUUCAUGAACUUUUCCUUAGUGUGUGGCCAACCCUUUAUGAAGAUCAUGGGAGGGGUGGACGCUGAAGAGGGGAAGUGGCCCUGGCAGGUGAGCGUUCGGGUCAGACACAUGCAUGUCUGCGGAGGUUCCCUCAUCAAUUCCCAGUGGGUGCUGACUGCCGCCCAUUGUAUCUACAGCCGAAUCCAGUACAAUGUCAAGAUGGGUGAUCGGAGCGUCUAUCGACAGAACACAAGUCUGGUGAUUCCCAUCCGGACCAUCUUUGUCCACCCUAAGUUCUCCACAGCUGUCGUGGUUAAAAAUGAUAUUGCCCUCCUCAAACUCCAACACCCUGUGAAUUUCACCGCUAACAUAUACCCUGUCUGCAUCCCUUCAGAGAGUUUUCGCGUGACAGCUGGGACCAAAUGUUGGGUGACAGGAUGGGGCAAGCCAGAGCCAGGCGCACCACAAGUUCCGACAGAAAUCCUCCAGGAGGUGGACCAAAAUGUCAUCCUUUAUGAGGAAUGUAAUGAGAUGCUGAAGAAAGCUACCUCAAGUUCUGCUGAUCUCGUCAAGAGAGGCAUGGUCUGUGGCUAUAAAGAAAGAGGAAGGGACGCCUGUCAGGGAGAUUCUGGAGGCCCGUUGUCCUGUGAGUUUGAUAACAAAUGGGUGCAGGUAGGAGUUGUGAGCUGGGGCAUCAGCUGUGGUCGCGAAGGAUACCCUGGAGUUUAUACAGACGUUGCCUUCUACAGCAAGUGGCUAAUUGCCGUGGUGAACCAAGCUGAUUGUUUGCAUCCGGUCGUCUUCCUCAUCUCGCUGCUGUGUUCGCUGACCUCGUGA